GGGAGAGGAGAGAGAGGAGGAGGGACUAGGGAGAGCUACUUUGGCCUCACUGUGCCGGGCAGUCGCUAACCUAUGUGAGACUGAGCCCUGAAGUGUGUGUUGUGUUGUUGUUGUUGUGUUGCCUCGCUGGGACGUGAGAUUGACAGAAAUGGAUUUUCUCCUGGAUUCUGGCUAACAUUUGAUGGAUUCUACGCUCUCCUCUGCCCUGAAGCCAAACCCGACAGGAACUACCACACCAUCCCGGAUCUGAGAACAGGAGGGGGGGACACACCCCACGGAGCCUGGAGCCCAUUGCCAUGGCGAUGACGGCCCUGUUCAGGGGCAAGUGGGGACAAAAGUCGCAGGAGCCACCUGAGAAGCAGCCCGCAGCAUCGGUGCACUCCACCAACCACGAGGAAGAAGAGGAGGAUGACAGGGUCAUCGCCCCCAUCCGCAGGAACUCCCGCUUCUACCGUUCCAUGAGGAAGAAGAGGCUGGCCUCGUCAGAACAACUUGAAAGCCCUGCAGUCUCUCUGAGGCCUGGUCCAGAGCCCAGCCCAGGCAGCAGGUCAAGCAGCAGCUCCCUCUGUGUCCCUGAUCUCCAGAAACCUUCGCAAUCUCCCCGGGCACAGCGUAUGCCAACCUCUCCACGCCAACUCCAUUCCGGAACUGCGUUGCCGAGCAACGGGGAGCUCAGGAGCCCACACACACUUACUAGCGCGGCCUCUUCCCCUCUUUGGACUAGGAGAGGAGGAGGAGGGGGAGGAGGAGGGAGGAAGGGUGCAGAUGCUUCUCCAGCUAGUGGUCAGUGUGGAGGGGGCUCCACUUCCUCCUCCUCUGUUUCUAGCGCUCGGUUGUACCGGACACACGGCAUGCACACACACACUGAAGACAUGGAGAGCCUCUCAGAACGCACUGCAACCGCCUGCUCCGUACGGGAGCCCGGAGGGGGGACACAGUCACCGCAACCAGCGGAGGAGGAAGUCAAUGAAGAGGGCGUCAAACUCAGGUUGGUGAGCAACAGGGAAAGAGCGAGCUCAACACCAUUGAAAGUAGAACCCAUCUGCUACAGUCUCAACAUUGUCAAGAACGUUGCCUUCCUGUACCAGGAGUACCGGGACACAUCCAAGCAGCAGGAAAUCGAGCAGCGACGGCAGCAGGAUGGGUUGACCUCGGGGGUCAGCGCGGGGUUAGGGGUGACGUCCCCACCGGCCCUGCAGCUGCAGCUGAGGAACAACUCUCGCUCUCUGAGUCUGUGGCAGAACCUGGAGGUCGUGCAGCAGAGCGGCCUGCUCACCCAGCUACCGCAGAGAGAGGUCAUCAUACAAGAGGCCAUGUUUGAGCUGGUGACCUCAGAGGCAUCCUACUACAAGAGUCUGGAGGUGCUGGAGACCCACUUCCUGAAGAACCCUAUGCUGGUCAACACACUCAGCCAAUCAGACAUGCACUUCCUGUUCUCCAACAUUGAGGAGGUGAUGAAGGCCAGUGAAAGGUUCCUGAUGGACCUGGAGAACCGCAUCGAACAGUCCCUCCAGAUCUCAGACGUGUGUGACAUCGUCCACGACCACGCAGUCAAUCACUUCCACGUCUUUAUCACCUACGUCAUCAACCAGGUGUAUCAGGAGAAGAACUACCGACGCAUUCUACAGGGAAACCAGUCAUUCCGUGAGGCCAUGGCUCAUCUGGAGAACCAGCCGCAUGUCCGAGGCCUCUCCUUCACCUCCUUCCUCAUCCUCCCCUUCCAGAGGAUCACACGACUCAAAAUGCUGGUCCAGAACAUUCUGAAGAGGGCAGAGGAGAAUUCAGAUAUGGAGGCCAAUGCCAUCAAGGCUCACCAUCAGCUGGAGCAGAUUGUGAAGGAGUGCAACGAGGGUGUGAGGAAGAUGAGUCGUACAGAGGAACUCAUCAGCAUUGAGAAAACACUGGAGUUCAAGUCUAAGUCGGUGCCGGUGAUCUCCCACUCCCGCUGGCUGCUGAAGAAGGGUGAGGUGCAGCAGAUGGCCGGGCCAAAGAGCACUAGGACCAUGCGGAGCAAGAAGCUCCACCACCCUGUCUACCUGUUCCUCUUCAACAACCUGCUGCUCAUCACCAAGCGCAGCUCCAGUGGUGAGAAGUUCCAGGUGCUGGACUCGUGCACGCGGGCCAUGCUGAGGACUGAGGACAUGGAAGACCAGGGUCAGAUGCUGGCUAAUGUGUUCAACCUGAAACUUCUGGAGAACCAGGAGGAGAGGCAUGUCAGCUACAUGCUCAAGACCUCCAGCAUGAGUGACAAGCUGCGCUGGAUAUGUGCUCUCACGCCAAACCGCCGCACGCGAUUCAUGUCCACCAGCGCCCACCAACCAGCCUCUCCUCAGGUCCAGUGUAUUCAGUCGUAUUCGUCUCAGGAGCCAGAUGAGCUGUCCAUUGAGAUGGCUGAUGUGUUGAACAUCCUGGAGAGGACAGAUGACGGCUGGAUGAUGGGUGAGAGGCUCCAUGAUGGAGAGAAGGGCUGGUUCCCUUGUCGGGUAGUAGAGGAGAUCAAGAACCAGGAAGUGCGGGCCCAGAACCUCAGGGAGUGCCAGAGGAUCCACUUGGCCCAGGAAGGGGGCGCUUCCUCAGGGUCCAGGCUGGGCUCCAGGGGUGGCAGACGCACCCCCAAAACCCCCAAAGUCUCAAAUUUCUUCGGUACCUGGACUGACCAGUCAGAGGAGGAACAGUGAAGCACAUGAUAUUCCACACUGAAAGUGAUUGGUUGGAACCCCCUGGCAUCGAUUUUUACUGGACCACAUGGAUCAAAUGACAGAGAUCAUGUGAUUUGAGCAUGGGAUUGCAUUGGAAGAAAGUGACAUCAUGCAAUGACAUUAUUUCCUAUUAACUGUUUCCCUUUCUCAAGUGGUUUUGGUGUGCCAGGGUUUAGGGUUCCAGGCUCCAUGGUUUAGGGUCCCAGGCCCCAGAGUCCCAGGCUCCAGGGUUUAGGGUCCCAGGCUCAAUGGUUUAGAGUACCAGGCCCCAGGGUCCCAGGCUCCAGGGUUUAGGGUCCCAGGCUCCAAUGUUUAUGGUCCCAGGCUCCAGGGUCCCAGGCUCCAGGGUCCCAGGCUCCCAGGCCCCAGGGUUUAGGGUCCCAGGCUCCCCUGAUCGGUCCUACGAUCAGAGCACUUCUUCCAUAACUCCAACAAACUGCAUGUCUUACAGUACUUCCAGUGGAAUGAUUCAGCACUACCAGUCUAACUGAAACAAGGCUCCGGUGGAACAGGAGCUAUGCAUGUGAUGGGAGAAGAUGACAACCACAGAAACAGUUCUCAAGGGGAUGGUAACAUGUGAAUACAUCGUAACCUUGCCUCAACUGCAUGGGCCAAUUUUUUUCUUAAUUUUUUUAAAGCGCUUCUGUGCUAGAGAUUUAAUUACCCCAGAACAACGGCUUGACGAUCCACCCUUUUGUAAAGAGCAACUCCUCCAUUGAAACCAUACAAGAAGCACGUUUUAAAAUCCACCCACUAGCACUGAAUGGAAAUUAACCGUGAAUGUUUCAUGAUUCUGUACAGUAAAUAGAACAAUCACAUGACAGAGUGCUCAGUAUUGGGCAGGAAGUAAUUGACUGGAGAAGACGAGCCCUACAGAAUCACAGGCCUUGCUUAAUCAAGGCCAAUACUGAUAUGCCACUUACACAUGCACACUGACAUACGCGCGCGCACACACACACACACACACACACACACUUGGGGAAAUCUAGCACAACUUCUCCAACUUGAAAAACCCUCCACAGACACCUGGUCCUGAAGCAUCUGCACAGAAUGUGCCAACACACCGACAGCACUGGAAUGGCAUGCGAGUGACAAAACAUGUGGGUGUAUGAUGAGUAUGUGUACGUGUGCAUACUGUAUGCCUUGAAUGUUCAAUAUACAAUUAAAUAAUUACUGAAACAUUGUGUAAUUUAAUUAUGUAAGAAGUAAUUUAUUGUUAAUAAAAUCUAAAUCUGAAAUUGAAA